AGAAUCAGAAGCGAAAAGUCCACACUCCCACCAAGCGCGAGGUAGGUGAUCGGCUUCCGAGCACAGCAUUUCUCAUCCCCCUCUCCCACCCCCGGCCGCCCCUGCCGCCGCCGCCCCGUCCCCUCGCUCCGGUCCAAUGGCCUACGCCGCUCGCCUCCGCCCCAAGAUCCAAGCUGUCGCCUCCCCCGGCGCGACGCCGAGAUCGGACCCGCGUCGCCCCUCCAGCCUCCGCGUGGGAACUCUAAGUGGAUCCACAACAAUUCAAAAGCAGAAGUUUGGUGCUAAAUGUGCUGUCUCUGUGGUGGAAGGUGGAAAAGUAUUUGAUGGAGUAAAGCAAAAUAUUAGACCAAUUAUAGUGAUCGACAACUAUGAUAGCUUCACAUAUAAUUUAUGCCAGUACAUGGGAGAGGUGGGAGCUAAUUUUGAGGUGUACCGCAAUGAUGAGAUAACGGUGGAAGAGAUUAAGAAGAUUUAUCCUAGAGGAAUACUUAUCUCCCCAGGCCCCGGCACACCUCAAGAUUCAGGAAUAUCAUUGCAAACAGUUAGAGAGCUUGGGCCCUCUAUUCCUUUGUUUGGGGUUUGCAUGGGUUUACAAUGCAUUGGAGAGGCAUUUGGAGGGAAGGUUGUCCGUUCUCCUUACGGAGUUGUGCAUGGGAAGGGCUCCCUUGUUCAUUAUGAUGAGAAACUUGAUGGAACAUUAUUUUCUGGUCUUCCAAACCCAUUCCAAGCCGGAAGAUAUCAUAGCCUCGUAAUUGAAAAGGAUAGCUUUCCGCAUGAUGCCCUGGAAAUUGUCGCAUGGACAGAUGAUGGGUUGAUCAUGGCUGCCCGCCACAGGAAAUACAAACAUAUUCAGGGAGUGCAGUUCCAUCCGGAGAGCAUUAUAACCACUGAAGGGAGGCUCAUGGUCAAGAAUUUUAUCAAGAUUAUAGAAGGCUACGAGGCCUUGAAUUGCAUUCCAUGAUUAAUUCAAGAUGCGGCUACAGGAUGUGAUGGGAAACCUCCUUUCAGGACUACGAUGUUUUAAGAGUUGCAACUCUCUCUCUUCAGUGUUAUCUCUUGGCUGUCGAACAUGUAAGCUUCAGUUAUUGGGCAUGUUCAUAUGUCAUCUCAUUACUCCAAGUUGAACUAAUAUACAUGUUCACUUGCCUGGGACGCAGUCAUUGAACAUCAAAUGAUAUCUCUCGCGGUUGUCAGGCA